GAUUUGCGUGAGUGGGGCUGGAUCUCUCACAGACAGACCCAGUGCGGUGAGCAAGCUCGCAAAGCGGCUGUGCGGAAGUUCUUUCAUCCGUGCUGCAGAAGGGGCUUCGCCCUCGCGAUUAUUCUCGACACAACUUGAGGCUUGAAUAAAAGCGGUUAAGGUGGAACUUUUGGGCAGUAAAGAUUAACUUGAGUUUUACAACAUCCACGGGUGGCCUCCUUCAUAUUCGUGUGAUGGCGAGGCCUAGCCACAGCGAGCAUGUCCUGCAGCAGCUCAACAACCAGCGAGAGUGGGGCUUCCUGUGCGACUGCUGCAUUGCCAUUGGAGACAUCUACUUCCGGGCCCACAAGGCUGUACUGGCCGCCUGCAGCUCCUACUUUAGGAUGAUGUUCAUCAGAGACCAGCAGGGAACGGCCCGUCUGGACCUCAGCAAUAUGCAGAUCAGCGCAGAGUGCUUCGACUUAAUCCUGCAGCUCAUGUAUCUUGGCCGAAUCAUGGUGGGCAGCUAUGAGUUUGAGGAGCUCAAAGCUUCGAUGGCCUAUCUGCAGAUGUAUUACAUCCCCGACUCGCUGGAAGACCUCCGCGAUAUCAGAAGCUCCAAUCUUACUCCGUCCUCCUCAGCCUCCUCCUCUUCUUCCACCUCAUCCAGUUCCUCUUCCUCCACUGGCCCCGCUAAUGGAAAGAUGAUGUUUGGAGUCCGCAUGUUUGAGCAGCAGAAGCCCAGUGUCCCUGAAGUUGAGCGCACGCCAAAGGCUGUCAGCACUCCUGUGUGUCCAAGCUUCACACCUCCAGUGAAAAGGCCCGUGGUGGUGGUGGAGGAGGUGGCGGCACUUCCUUUGAAAGCCGCCCCACCGCUUGUAGAUAGCAUGGCUGAGCAGCCAUGUGACCUGAGGAAAAGGUCUGGAGGCCGGAGUGCCACCCUUAAAGAGCGUCCCCGUUUUGGCCGCACCUACACCUGUGAUGACUGUGGCUUUGUCUUCAGCUGUGAGAAGCUGCUGAUUGAACACAUCCUCACAUGCACCAACAGGAAGGCUGCCUUCCAGGCUCCCCGAACCAGUGCAGAUGCAGAUAAUGAUUCCAACAAGGGGGAGAGCUCAGCAUCAGAGGGAAUCGAGGAGCACAGGGUGGUCUGCAAAGGUGAAGAGGAUUGGCCAGACCACAAGUCAGACUCUGAAUCCGUGAUCAGAUCUGUAGCUACCGGAACAGAAAAUGAGCCUGCAUCUAUCAGGACUAUUUCCAUCAAGACAGAGCCAGAAGAAAAUGUUGUUUCAAAUAUGGAUGGCAUCAAAGUAAUCCAGGUGGGGGAGCACAGUGCCAGAGACUGCAGUAGCACAAGGAGCAAUGCAUACAAGGACACUAAGAGUGAUCAGGCUAGAUUUAACCAUGAUCCUGAGGCUGGAGUCUCAGGCAUGGAGGACGGCAGUGAUCUUUUGGAUGGAGACCUGUCAAACAGUGAGGAUUCUGCCCUACCUGCAAAGGUGCGCAAGAUUAAAGAGGAAAAUCUGGAUACAGAUUGUAUGCCAUGUGAACUCUGUGGAGCUCUGCUAACCGAGGAGGACCAAUCAGGCCACUACAUCUCCAAUCACAUGGGGCACAUCUGUGCCUGUGGGAGGUGUGGACAAGUCUUAAUUAAAGGACGGCAGCUCCAGGAGCAUGCAGAACGUUGUGGAGAACCCCAGGGUGCCGAAUCUGAUUCCCAUGGAGAAGAUCAUUCUCCUCUCCUGGAAGACCCACAGGCCAUGGAGGAGGGCUCGCUUGAAGGGACUGACCUUACUUGCCCCCACUGUGGCUUGUUGUUCCAAAGUGAGAGUCUGGCCAUGGAGCACACUCUUGUCUGCCAUGAGCAGGAGCUUCUCCGCCCAACCAUGCUGGAGGACGGGGCGGAGCCGGAUCAUCGACGCAAGCACUUCUGCAGCAUCUGCUUCAAGGGUUUCUAUCAGCGCUGCCACCUCCGGGAGCACUACACGGUCCACACAAAGGAAAAGCAGUUCACCUGCCAGACGUGUGGUAAACAGUUCCUGCGCGAGCGGCAGCUCCGGCUACACACCGACAUGCACAAGGGGAUGGCGCGCUACGUCUGCCCCGUCUGCGACCAGGGCACCUUCCUUAAGCAUGAUCACGUGCGUCACAUGAUCUCGCACCUCUCGGCCGGUGAGACCAUCUGCCAGGUGUGCUUCCAGAUCUUUCCUAGUGGGGAGCAUCUGGAGAAGCAUAUGGAUGUGCACCUGUAUAUCUGUGGGGUCUGUGGAGAGAAGUUCCGUCUCCGUAAAGACAUGCGUAGUCACUACAACUCCAAACACACCAAAAGACUAUGAGAGGCUGGAUCCAAUGUCCACGCUGAAUCUGUGUGUCUGUUAAAAAGCCAUAAAUGUGAUAACAGAUGUAUGCACUUGAAUACCAAAAAUAGAAUCCCUAUAAAAUAUGCACUUUCAAAUUGUAUGCAUACAGUAUGUUCCAUUUUUGUUGAUGAGGGCUAAAGUGCUUCAUUUUGGAACUCACAUUAUCUGUACCUCAUGCUCUUCACAAAAACAAAACCAAUGUUAGACAAAUCAGUGUUGAUUCUGACUAUCAAUCUAUUUAUCAACAAAUAGUCCAAUUUUGAUCUCUAAAAUAUAUUUAGCAAGUGUAUUGCUUUUACUAAUUUCAUAAAACAGUCUACAUUGUGCAAUGAGACCAUGGUUGAGAUUCCAUGGCACAAUUUGCAUUUAACAAACAAAUGAUCUGUAUAUGGUGCCUUUCAUUUACACUCAUUUUCAUUUGCACUCUCAUGACAUUUCACUUCAGUAUUUUAUGUUAGUCAAUUCACUUCCUGGUUUUCCAAACGUUUGAGGGGUAGCAUAGUCAUAUACUGUAAGUAAACAUUGAAUUUGGACAUUGAAAUGGAACAUCUCCAGCAAGCUAAACAGACAAAAACACUAGAAUAAAUACACAGGAAACAUCAGAAACACAUUUUGUGCUCCUUUGGUUGAUAUACAAUUCUCCAACAGAGCAUCCAUGUUACAAAAGAACUUUUUCACUUUCUCUUUUGCCUUAUCAGUUAUUUUGUAAAUACUGCUGUAUUGAAGUGACUGCUGUACAAAAACAAAAAGUCAUAUCUGCCGUUGAAUUUAUAUAUAAACGAAUGUGACUCAAAAUUUGUCUUGCUGAAAAUGACACUGACAUUUAAUUAAAAUAAAUACUUGCCAUUCGUGUGUUGUAUAGGAUCAAACAGUAAUGUCUACAUUCACUUCAGAGACUGUUUCUGGAUACAUUUACAUUGUUUUCUUUUUGCCUCAGCUUGAGUGGGUAUCAUUGGUAAAUUAGCAUCUUUGAGUAAGGGCUUUACAAUUGCCUUGAUUUGUUGAUUUUAUGUUUGCUAAAAAGGGACACUUUCUUUCACAGUUGCGUUUUAUAGCCAAUAGAGAAAGUACUCUUGCAUGUUAGGCGGUUUCUCUUGGGCUUGCUUGGGAUUGGGAUCCUUGAUGUUUGUAACACUGCAGAGUGAACAUAAUCACAACUCAACAUCCUGAAGGGUACAUGGUUGAUGAAGCAACAAUAUUCAGCAGUUGAGUGUAUUUACCACCACUACAAGUAAAAUACCCCAGAGGCCUGCCAUUACAAGGUUGGCAACCAUUGAAAUCCAUUGCUGUGGGCAGAUUCACAGCGCUUAAAUGUUAGACAAUCAAAUGUUAAACAUAAGAAAAAAGGGAGUAACUGGUGGCUCCAUUCUUCCGUGUAUUCCGUUAAGUGCUCAACCAAGACUUCACAAAAAUGUUUGGCUUCAAUAUAAUAUUACUACUGAAAAAAACUUUAAUGUAGUAAUAGGCUAUUGCUUUAUGUUCAUGAUGGUUUAGCCAAAAUGGAUGGGUAAAUACGGUUUGCUCAGAAGUUUUGACCGAAAUUAAAACAGAAUUUUUUUUUUAGAACUAAAUAAUAAUAGGGAAGCAUUCUUAAGCUCUUGGUUUAACCAUUGUUUUUCAGUAAUAGUUGGUGUAUUUUAUAAACUGUCUUGUGUUUUGCAAAAUGGGUGCUUAUUAAAAUCACAAACGACUUGUGUCAACCAA